AUGUGGAUAAAAAAUCCAGUUCAGUCUACCAUUAGCAUAUUAAUACUAAGAUCUUCAUUGGUUUUCACUUUAUGGGAUCGACCGAAUCUUAUACAUCAGUCACUAUUAUUGGCCGCAUCAAUUUUUCGUAUCGGUGGUGUUUAUGUCUCUCUGAUAAUUCGCUGGCGGCGACGACGAAAAGUUAUGCGUCUAUUCAAUGGUUUUUGGUCUCUGUACGUGGCGAAACCUCGUGUGAGGCAUCUCUUACGUCGCGGUGUGUUUUGCAAAUUUCUUUGUGCUUUUCUCACGGAAUGGUCACAAAUGAUGACCGGGUUAAGUGUAAUUUACAAUUAUCUUACUCCUGGAUUGGUGUUGACUUUCUUUUCACUUUUUGCCUUGACUGCUUUACUUAAUGUGAUCAUAUCCGAGUAUUAUUUUGCCAUGAUCAAUGUACAUGCACAUUAUAUACUACUCAAUUAUGAAUUGCAUUCCAUUCUGGAGGAGGCCCGCUUACUCAGCCUGAAAUGCUACUCCCAUCGUGGCAGAGGAGGUUUAAUGACCCGUUGCUGUUAUCUGGCCGAUCGUGUGGAUGAAAUUGCAAAGACUCAGUUUGAUUUGCAAACAUUAAAUGAACUUAUGAUUGAAAUUUUUGGAGUUCAAGGAUUCUGCAUAGCUUUCAUCUAUUAUCUGACGACCAUAGCGUUAAUAUACUUUACCUUCACUGCCGCAAAAUCCAAAAUGUUAAAUCUAAAACUAUCAAUCUGGAGCGCUGUAUUCACAUGCGGUUAUAUUCUUUUUUACUAUUCUGACGGUUUCUUUGGUGUCUUUAUAAUGUUUUAUGUUUUGGAUGCAGAUGCCAAAAUGAGGCGAUUGCUGGGCGAUCGGACAUUGUUGGCGACGGGCCUCGAUGAGCGACUCGAAACUGCGUUAGAAAACCUUCAAUUGCAGCUGCUACGAAAUCCAUUAAGACUAUCUGUACUUCAUUUGUAUGAUGUGGAACGUCCGAGUGCCAUGAUCAUGAUUAAUUCGGUUGUGAUUAAUUCUUUAUUAUUAAUUCAAUAUGACAUUGAACAUUUUUAG